UGAGCCUAUUAACGAGCGCACCUUCUGAUCACACUGACUGACUCUCAGUGAAUGGCAUAAACAAAGAGCCGGCGACUUAUCACAGCAACAGUUAACGCUCCUCAAGCUCCCGGGAACAUGGAAAGUGGUUUGAGUAAGGAGAAGGUUGCCACCUUUAUUAAGCGGCUGAGGGCCGAGCCACGUUACCUGUUGGCCCAGAAUGUGUCGACCUGCAUCGACCCGCUGGAGGUUUGUCUGCACCGGCAGACUGUCCAAGACACUGUGCACAUCUUCCAGCACUCCAUCCCGACAGAGGGCAAACCCAUCACCAACCAGAAAAACUCAGGGAGAUGUUGGAUCUUCUCGUGCCUCAACGUGAUGCGACUUCCCUUCAUGAAGAAGUUCAACAUAGAAGAGUUUGAGUUUAGUCAGUCCUAUCUCUUUUUCUGGGACAAGAUUGAGCGUUGCUACUACUUCCUCCACGCCUGUGUGGAGACGGCACAGAGGAAGGAGCCGGUGGAUGGUCGUCUGGUCCAGUUCCUCCUCUCCAAUCCAACCAAUGACGGAGGACAAUGGGACAUGCUGGUUAAUCUCAUUGAAAAGUAUGGUGUGAUUCCCAAGAAAUGUUUCCCAGAGUCACACAGCUCAGAGGCCUCGCGCAGAAUGAAUGACAUCCUCAAUCACAAGCUGAGAGAAUACUGUCUAAGACUGAGGAACAUGGUGGCCAGUGAUGCUACUAAAGCCGAACUGUCUGAUGCUAUUGAUACCAUGAUAGAGGAGGUGUUCCGAGUGGCCAGUGUUUGUCUAGGCAGCCCUCCUGAGAGCAUCUGUUGGGAGUACAGGGAUAAGGAUAAGAACUUCCAUCGCAUGGGACCUCUCACCCCCCAGGAGUUCUACAGAGAACAUGUGAAACCCCUAUACAACAUUCAGGACAAAGUCUGCCUUGUAAAUGACCCUCGACCACAAAACCCCUACGGGAAGUUGUACAGUGUAGAGUUCCUGGGUAACAUGGUUGAAGGUCGCAACACUCUGUACAACAACCAGCCCAUCCAGCUGCUUAAGAAGGCAGCAGCUGAGUCCAUUAAGGAGGGAGAGGCUGUGUGGUUUGGAUGUGACGUCGGGAAGCAUUUCCACGGCAAGCUGGGUAUUAAUGACAUGAAUGUGUUCAACCAUGAGCUUGUGUUUGGAGUUUCAGUGAAGAACCUCUCCAAGGCAGAGAGACUUAUAUACGGCGACUCCCUCAUGACCCAUGCUAUGAUCCUCACUGCUGUGACAGACAAGGAUGGGAAAGAAGGCUAUGAAAAAUGGAGAGUGGAAAACUCCUGGGGUGAUGACCGUGGAAACAAAGGUUACCUGAUCAUGACAGAUGAUUGGUUCUCGGAGUAUGUGUACGAGGUGGUAGUAGACAAGAGGUUCCUCCCGCCUGAUGUCCUGGAAGUGAUGCAACAGGAUCCUAUCGUACUUCCUGCCUGGGAUCCAAUGGGAGCAUUGGCAUAAAUCCAUGAAUCUAGGUUUUAGCCCCAGCCUCUGGUCUAAUUGACUCCGCCCUAUUCCUCGGCUGUUUUUACCUCUCCAAUAUUUCCCCGACAUUUCCUUCCACAUCAGCCUGUUCUACUAGGAAAAUAAUAAAGAUUUUGUUUUCUUUUUUUU